GAACUAUUGGGCCGGUUUGACAUGCCUAGUUUGUUCAAAGCAGGGGAUGUCAUGAUAGGGGGCAUUUUCCCUGUAUUCAACAAACAAGAGGACAGCAGUGCCUCUUUUGUGAAGGAGCCUGAUAAAGCGAAGUGUGCUGGAUUUGACUUGCGGGCCUUUCGCUGGACCCAAGUGAUGAUGUUUGCGAUUGAUGAAAUAAACAAAGACAGUAGUCUACUACCCAACGUCUCCCUAGGCUACAGGAUCCUUGACUCGUGUGCAUCUCCCACCAAUACUUUACGGGCUGCUCUGACGUUGGUUAGCAGUCCAGAGGAGAUCGAGCCCACUGCCCCAUGCCUACCUACUGUAUCUGCCCUAAUAGCUGAAUCAGGCUCCUCUCAGUCCCUGGCUGUGGCUGGAACACUGGGACCAUUCAGAGUGCCAAUGGUUAGUUACUUCUCUACAUGUGCAUGUCUGAGUGAUAAAGGUAAAUACCCCACAUUCUUCCGCACCAUCCCCAGCGACUACCAUCAGGCAAAGGCUUUAGCAGCACUGGUCAAGCACUUUGGCUGGACUUGGAUUGGGGCGAUACAGUCCGAUAAUGACUAUGGCCGGAAUGGGGUCCAAGCAUUCACUGAAGAGGUUAAAAAACUUGGGGUUUGCAUUGCGUUCGUUGGGACAGUGUUACGAACCUACCCAAGCAGUAAAAUCCUUGAUGUGGUGGACAUGAUCAAACAAUCAACAGUCCAAGUCAUCCUGUCAUUUGUUCCUGAGGGUGACCUUUACCCUCUGAUGAGGGAGGUGGUGAGGCAGAACAUAACGCACAUUCAGUGGAUCGCCAGCGAGGCUUGGAUCACAGCAGCCCGGCCCUCCACCCCUGAAAUAUAUAGCUCCUUCGGUGGUGCCAUAGGAUUUGUGGUGCGGAAGAUGGCCAUCCCAAAGCUACGACACUUUCUCAUGGGCAUCAGUCCAUACACAGAUCGAAAGGCUGCCUUUGUGAGGGAUUUCUGGGAGAAGAUGGUGGGUUGUCGGCCUCUCUCAGCCGGUGAGCCCUCAGUCUCUGAGAGGAGCAGUAAGACGUGUACUGGAGCGGAGACACUUGUGGACUCGCAGGAUCUGUUCUUCAAUGUCACACAGCUGAGAGUGUCUUAUAAUGUGUAUAAAGCAGUGUAUGCUGUUGCACACGCCCUUCAUCACUUAAUAUUUUGCGAAAAAGAAAGGGAAGGCACGAUGAGACCAUGUGUAAAUCUAUCACAGAUACAGCCUAAUGAGGUCAGUGAUCAACUGAAGACUGUGCAUUUCAUAAAUCAAUUCGGUGAGGCUGUGUUCUUUGACGAAAAUGGAGACCCCCCUGCCUCGUAUGACGUCAUCAACUGGCAGCUGAGGGCAGGGCAGGUGCAGCAUGUGACUGUGGGCCAGUUUGGCUUAGCUGCUAACCAGGCCUACGAACUCAGCAUCCAGGAAGAUAACAUAGUCUGGAGGACAGGGAAACUGAUUCCUGUAGCAGUGUGCUCUCAAAUCUGCCCUGUUGGAACCAGAAAAGCCCAAAUCAAAGGAAAAUCUGUCUGCUGUUUUGAUUGCAUCCCCUGUGCUGAUGGAACAAUAGCCAAUGCAACGGGAGCAGCGGACUGUAGCCCCUGUCCACAGGAGUACUGGUCCAACGACGGGAGAGACCAAUGCAUCCUGAAAACAGUCGAGUUCCUGUCUUACCACGAACCAAUGGGAAUCGCUCUUACUAUGGUGUCCCUGCUUGGGGCCUGCCUGUCGUUUGCCACCAUGCUGGUGUUCAUCCACUAUAAGGACACACCAGUGGUCAAGGCCAGUAACUCUGAGCUGAGCUCUCUACUGCUGUUUUCUCUCUUCCUGUGCUUCCUCUGUCCCCUCACCUUCAUCGGCAGGCCCACCGCCUGGACCUGCAUGCUGCGCCACACUGCCUUCGGGGUGACCUUUGCCCUCUGCAUCUCCUGCAUGCUGGGCAAGACUAUCGUGGUGGUAACAGCCUUCAGGGCUACCCUGCCCGGCAACAGCGUGGCAGGGAAGUUUGGGGCCUCCCAGCAGAGGAUCAUCGUGUGCUCCUGCACCGUGGUUCAGAUAUUUAUCUGUGUGCUCUGGCUAAACCUGAACCCACCUUACAGGGACUUCAGAUAUAGUCAUAGGAAGAUAGUUCUGGAAUGUAAUACUGGUUCUGAGACUGCAUUCUAUGCAGUGUUGGGAUAUAUAGGUAUUCUUGCAGGGAUAUGCUUGGUUCUGGCUUUUCUGGCUCGGAAGCUGCCUGAUAACUUCAAUGAGGCCAAAUUCAUCACCUUCAGCAUGCUCAUAUUCUGUGCUGUCUGGAUCACCUUUAUCCCAGCUUAUGUCAGCUCUCCUGGGAAGUUCACUGUAGCUGUGGAGAUCUUCGCUAUUCUGUCUUCCGCCUUUGGAUUAUUGAUUUGUAUUUUUGCUCCAAAAUGUUAUAUACUUUUUAUAAAACCAGAGAAAAAUACCAAGAAACAUGUCAUGGGGAGGAAUUGA